AUGGGUGCCCUGCUCGCCCUCUUAUCUCUCUUCGCUGCGCGCGCCGUAUGCGGCGGCAUCGACAACGUACGCGUCUUGGGACCCCAGGCGGUCAAUCUCUGGCAACUCGAGGCGCGCAACAGCGACAUCUCCGCCUCGGAUGCACUUCCCAGUGAAGACGACUCGGACGAGCUACUGAGCGCGCUCGAGCGCAAGUUCCCCGCGCACUGGUUCACGCAGCCGCUCGACCACUUCACGAACGCGUCCGGGCAUACCUUCGAGCAGCGGUACUGGAUCAGCACGCGUCACUAUCGCCCGCGCCCAGAUGCACCAGUUAUCGUGCUCGAUGGCGGCGAGACGAGCGGGCGGGACCGGCUGCCGUUUCUUGACACCGGCAUUGUGGAGAUCUUGACGAAAGCUACGGGCGGGGUGGGCGUUAUCUUGGAACACAGAUAUUAUGGCCGCACGAUCCCAGUUCAGAACUUCACGACCGAUUCCUUGCGGUGGCUGAACAAUGCUCAGUCUGCCGCGGACUCUGCCAACUUUAUGGCGAACGUGAAGUUUCCUGGAAUUGACGAGGACCUCGCCGCGCCCAACCACCCAUGGAUUUACUAUGGCGGCUCAUACGCGGGUGCGCGCGCGGCUCACAUGAAAAUCUUGUACCCGGAUCUUGUGUAUGGCGCGAUCGCGUCUAGCGGCGUCACUCAUGCUGCUCUCGAACUUUGGGAAUACGCGGAAACCAUCCGGCGCGCGGCGGACGCCACAUGUGCUCAGCACCUCGAGAACUCAAUCAAGAUCAUCGACGCCCUCCUCGAUGUCCCGGUCACCAAGUACCCGCUGAAAGCGCUAUUUGGGCUAGCGAAGCUCAGACACGACGAGGACUUCGUCUCCCUCCUGCAGAGCCCGAUCGGUGGAUGGCAAGGGAAGGUUUGGGACCCGGAGGUCGGCAGCACCAGCUGGGAUGAGUUUUGCACCGCUCUAGACAAGUCAUUCGUACCCUGGGAUGCCCCUGAGGUGCUCUCAUACGACGAGGACGCCGGCCUUGUAGCGGUCACCGAGGAGUUGAAGGUUCCUCUACCGGUCUACAACUACGCACAGUACAUCAAAUCGAACUAUGUCUCCCGGUGCCCGAACGGCGCUGUCGAGGAGUGCUUCGGCACAUACGAUGACGCCAAGUACCAGGGCACGGACCUCAGCCAGACGUGGAGGCUGUGGAUGUUCCAGGUUUGCACGGAGUGGGGUUACUUCAUGACCGCCCCUCCUGAAGGGCAACCCCGCAUUAUCUCGCGCCGCAUAGACCUGGCAUACGAGUCUAAGCUCUGCAAGCAGGCGUUCGUUCCCGGCAAGGACUUCAUUGUCCCGCCGCUGCCUAACAUCACCGCGGUCAACUCUCUUGGCGACUUUGACAUCGCGGCAGACCGUCUGGCCAUUAUCGACGGAGAAGUCGACCCUUGGCGGCCGGCCACGCCGCACAGUGAGUACGCCCGCGACAGGCCGGACACUAUUCUGCAGCCGUACAAGAUCAUACCCAACGCUGUUCACCACUACGACGAGUACGGCCGCCGUAACCUCUCCGAGGAGCCCAUCGAGAUCCAGCAGAUCCAUGAGCAGAUGAUAGGCUUCGUCGUAUCAUGGCUGUCGGACUGGGAGGUCCCAGCAGCAGCCUAGAUUACUUAUUUUGCGCGCAGCUUGGAGGAUGUACAACAUAUGAGAUGAUCU